GGAGGAGGAGAAGAGGAAAAAAGAGGAGAAGGAAACAGAAAAGAGGAGAGAGAAAAGAAGGAACUAGUGGUGUUGAAUAAAGAGGAGAAUAAGAAGAUAAGAAAAGAGGAACUAGAACAGAGAAAAGAGGAGGAAGAGGAAGAGAAAAGAAGGAGAAACUAGAGGUGAUAAAGAGGAGUAAGAGAUGAGAGAAAAGGAAAUAAAAGAGAGAAAAGAGAAAAGAAGGAAUUAGAUGUUGAAUGAAAAGGAGAAUAAGAGAUAAAAGAGAAGAGAGGAAAAGGGAGAAAAUAUAACAAAGAAGAGAAACAAGCAGCGUUGAAUGUCGAGAAGGAGAAGUAAGAAGAGAAAGUAGAGGAGAAGGAAAGGGAGAGAAGAAGAUAUAAAAAAUAGUGUGAGAAAUAAAACGAAGCAAAAAAGGGGAAAAAAAAGAAAGGGAAGAGAGAAGAGAAAGCAGUGACUAGAGAGAAGGUAAGAAAAGUUAGUGGAAAGGGAAAAGAGAAACGAAGAAACCAAAGGAGAAGGAGAAGAGAAAGAAAACAGAGAUAAACAGACACCAAAUAAGAAAGAAAGACCAAGAGAAGGAAGAAGAAUAAGAGAAACGAAGAGAAAAAGAGAGCAUGACAAGAACAUAGAUAAAAGUGAAAGAGAAAGAAAACGUAUACAAGACAAAGGAGGCGAAAAGAAAGGAAAAAGGAAAUUAGGUGAAAACGAAAAUAAAAGAGGAUGAGGAAACGUGGAAACAUGGAAAUUCAGGCAACAGAAAGUCUAUGUACUUAUCACGAGGUUGCCCGCUGUUGUGUAUUAAACUGCUCGGUAGCCACUUCGUCCCCACAGAGCAGAUGAAAGCACUUCGUAAUCAGUUCCCUCCUGACGCAACGAAGUAAAGGUCGAUUCGGUUUAAAAUAAGUUGGUUUUCGCAUUUACUACUUCUAAGGGACGAUUUUUCCAAUGGCGGAUGACUCGGUAUGAUAAGAAACUCCUGCCAGCGUCUGUACUUCAUCGCCUCACUUGAAUUGGUAGACCGUUAUUUCUGGUUCUUGUGUUGGUUUGUAAUAAUUUUAGAGUGAUCGACGUUACUGGGAAAGGAAGAGGAGAAGGGGGAGGAGACGUCUAUCAACAUCAUUAAUAUUUUGUCGACCUUCAUCACCAUCACUACCACAACCACCACCAUGACACACAUCAAGAACCACUAGAACCAAACUCGUGAACCAGGAAACAACAUUAAACGCACCUCGAAACAAACACCACUAAAACAAACCACACACACACAAACACAAACAAACAAACAAACAGAGGAACAGGUAAACAAACAAAACAAAACAAAAAUCAGACAGCCCUAAAACCAAACACAAAGAGAACACAAACACAAAAAAAGCAACAAGAAAAAACAUACAUAGAAAACAUCAAGCACUAAAAUCACACACAAACAAACAAACAAACAAGCGGAAACCAGCAAAAAAAAAACAUAACACACUUCAAAACAAACAUUACUCUCAAAACACACAAACAAACAAACAAAUAAACACAAACAAGCAAAAAAACAACAACAUAUAACACACCUCAAAACAAACACUACUCUCAAAACACACACACACACACACACACACACACACACACAACCCCCCCACCCCCCACCACCCCCCCACACACGCACACAACCUCCCCAUCCCACACACCCACACAACCUCCCCUCCCCCGCCACACACCACCAUGGGAUCAGGCAUCAGUAAAGGAGGAAACGGACUGUGCAAACGCCGCCGCAAGGGUAAGGAAGGCCAUCUGCUGGAGACCCUGAAGGAGCACAAGGGAAGCAUCAACUGUGCCGUGCUCUCCGAUGACAACUCGCUCCUGGUCACCGGCUCAGACGACGGCACUGCGAGACUCUGGAGUGCCCUGACCGACCCUACGGAGUGCCUCGGUGUGUUGAGUGGCCACGACGGGCGCGUGACCUGCGUGGCGAUAAGUCAGGGCUUGGUCUUCACGGGCGGCGUGGACACGACCAUCCGGAAGUGGGACAUGGUGAUGGGGGAGUGCUUGUUUGUCUACACAGGCCACGUCCAGCAGAUCCACCACCUCCUGACCCACAACGAACUCCUCUUUUCCACGUCCUACGACAAGACGGCGAGGGUGUGGAUGAUCGAUGCCGACGAGCUGAUGACGCCCGACGAGAUAUGCAUCAGAGUGUUUGAGGGUCACCAACGAGCCGUGUACCCUAUGCUGUUCAUCCCGGGCCAUGACACAGGGAUAACCGACGAGGAUGGUCUCCACAUCAACCCCGGGGACACGCUUAUCACGGGCAGCACCGACACCACGGCCCGAUCCUGGUCACUCGACAUGGACAUCUGCCUCAAGGUGUACAAGCAUCACCGCGGGGCCAUCACCUGCAUGGACAGAGACCCCACUGGCCGCUUCCUCUACACCGGCAGCCACGAUUGUACUGUCAUCGUCUGGAACAUCCUCAGCGCCAAGUGUCUGCGGGUUCUGGAGGGGCACAAGGACGGCAUAACCUGCGUGAAAGUGGUCAACCGCCUCAUGUACACGGGCAGCGCGGACUCGACGGUUCGGUGUUGGGUGCGAGAGUUUGGCGACUGUACGCGGACCUACAAGCAGAGCAACGGGGAGGCCAGCGUGGUGUGCCUGGGCUUUGAGAGCGGCGCGUUGUUCGUGGGCUACACAGACUGCCUCGUUAGGGCCUUCGACGCCAAGAGCAGCACAUUGCGGAGGGAGUUUCGAGGCCACACUGAAGCCGUCAAUCACAUGGUCCUGAACGGCGGGCGACUCUACACGACAAGCUCUGACGGGGCGCUCAAAGUGUGGGACGCCUCGGGAAUAGGAGACGAGGCGCCCAACACCCCCGAACACACAAGUGACGCUCAACACCCUGACCUUGACCUCGAUCUCGACGAUUACCUCCGGAUUGACGAGGACGAGGCGGACAACAGCAGCAGCACCCAGUGAUCUGCGAGCCCCCCCCACCCCCCACCCCUCUCCCCUACCCCCUCCUUCUCCUUACCCCCUAUUCCUUCUCCCCAGUCUCCCCUUUCCCUGGCAUCUUCUUCUCCCCCUCAUCUCCCUCUCCGUUUCAUACCCCUCUCCCCUAACCCCUUUAACCCCCUUCUCUCCCUA